GGCAAUACAUAGUAACACAUCUAUUACAAUAUUGUAUACAUCAAUAGGUACUUGUUCUAUUUAUAUGUUAGUUAUAAUGAUAGAUUACAUAUAUAUAUAUACAUUAAAUGUAUUUAGGUCAGAUACAUAUGAUAACCAAUACAAUUCAUGUCAAAUAAGAAUAUAAAAAGGCUUCUCUAUGAUCAUAGAAACAAACAAACCACAUAACCCCAUUAAUCAUACAUGUCAAGUGAUAUGCUCAAAUUAUAAUGUACAUUUAGUUGGCUGAUAUUCAUCAUAUACUUCUUAUCUCAGUUACUUACUUACUCUUGUUACUCUCAGUGGAGAAUAGGCCGCCGACUAACAUUCUUCAACUCAUUCUAUCCUGGACAAUUCACAAGAUACUUUAAUUACUUCACAUAUAUAGUACAAUUCAAUCAUGCGUGAAUGUAUUAGUUUACAUAUUGGUCAAGCUGGUGUACAAAUGGGUAAUGCAUGUUGGGAAUUAUAUUGUCUUGAACAUGGUAUACAACCUGAUGGUCAUAUGGCAAAUCAUCAAUCCAAAGAUAAAAUUGAUGGUGCUUUUAAUACAUUCUUUACUGAAAUGAGUUCUGGUAAACAUGUACCACGUGCUAUUUUUGUUGAUUUAGAACCAAAUGUUGUUGAUGAAGUGAGAUGUGGCAUGUAUAAACAAUUAUUUCAUCCAGAACAAUUAAUUACGGGUAAAGAAGAUGCUGCUAAUAAUUAUGCACGUGGUCAUUAUACAGUUGGUAAAGAAAUUAUUGAUUUAGUAUUAGAACGUGUACGUAAAUCCGCGGAUCAAUGUACUGGACUACAAGGAUUUUUAAUAUUUCAUUCAUUUGGUGGUGGUACUGGUUCUGGUUUUACAUCAUUAUUAAUGGAACGUUUAAGUGUUGAAUAUGGUAAACGAUCAAAAUUAGAAUUUGCUAUUUAUCCUGCACCACAAAUUGCUACAGCUAUAGUUGAACCAUAUAAUUCUAUAUUAACUACACAUACAACAUUAGAACAUUCGGAUUGUGCAUUUAUGGUUGACAACGAGGCCAUUUAUGAUAUUUGCAGAAAGAACUUAGGUAUUGGACAUCCUACCUAUACUAAUUUGAAUAGAUUAAUUGCUCAAAUAGUUAGUUCAAUUACUGCUUCAUUACGUUUUGAUGGUGCAUUAAAUGUUGAUUUAACAGAAUUUCAAACAAAUUUAGUACCAUAUCCACGUAUACAUUUUCCAUUAGCUACUUAUGCUCCAAUUAUUUCAGCAGAGAAAGCAUAUCAUGAACAAUUAAGUGUAUCAGAAAUAACUAAUUCAUGUUUUGAACCUGGUAAUCAAAUGGUUAAAUGUGAUCCUAGAACUGGGAAAUAUAUGGCAUGUUGUUUAUUAUAUCGUGGUGAUGUUGUACCUAAAGAUGUGAAUGCUGCUAUAGCAAAUAUUAAAACAAAAAAAUCUAUACAAUUUGUUGAUUGGUGUCCAACUGGUUUUAAAGUUGGUAUUAAUUAUCAACCACCAACAAUUGUACCUAAUGGUGAUUUAGCUAAAGUUCAACGUGCUGUAUGUAUGUUAAGUAAUACAACUGCUAUAGCUGAUGCAUGGGCACGUUUAGAUAGAAAAUUUGAUUUAAUGUAUGCUAAACGUGCAUUUGUACAUUGGUAUGUUGGUGAAGGUAUGGAAGAAGGUGAAUUCACUGAAGCACGUGAAGAUACUGAUGCAUUAGAAAAAGAUUAUGCUGAAGUUGGUUGUGAUACUAUUCUAUUAGAUGAUAAUGAUAAUGAUGAUGAUGAACAACAAGAAUUUUAAUUCAUUAGUAAUUUUAUAGUUUAUGAAUCUUCAUUUAGUCAUAGUGAUAAAGUACUUUAUUAUUAUUGAUUAUUGAUUAUUGAUUAAUAUUACUAUAGCUACUAUUAUAUACCAUGAAUACUUUAUAAAAUCAAUAACACGUGACAAUGAUGUAUCCAUCAUAGUAACAAACAUAAAAAUAGUACUUUAGAAUAGUUUUUUUUGGUUGUUUUUUUUGUUGUUGUUGUUGGAAGUAUGUUCUAUUGUAAUGUGCAGUGAAAUUUUUUAAAAUGAACUUUCAAGUGUUACAAUGUUGUUAUUGUUGUUGUUGUUUUCUAAUGAUUCUAACAUUAAAUCCAAUUUUUUGACAAGUUUUCUAUAAGAAUCAAAUCAAUAUUAUAUAUACAUACAUAUA